GACAGUUGUUAUGUCAGUUGGUAUCUGACUUCCACUGUUGAGGAUUUGUUCUUGGUUUCCUCUUCACCAACCCCCCCAAAAUGUGGCUAUGUUUGGUUUCAGUCACAAACGAACAGAAAUCUCAUCAGAGGAAGUGCCGGUUUUGAGAAAGUAGGCUUGGUUACCUUAGUAACUAACCAGCAGCAGCAACAAAAAAAUAUAAAAAUAAAACCCACACUCACAGAGGUUUUGUGCUGACAGCCGGAAGCAACAUGGAUGAGCUCGAUUUGCUGUUGGAGGAGCUUGCCCUGAAUGCAGCUGCCCCGGGGAGUGUCAGUGAUGUUACAGCUGAUGGAGAGGUACCAGGUGCAGGCUAUGUCGGACUUAGCAAGAAAGAAAAAGGCCCAGUCUGCUCAAAUGUCUACAGUGAUCUCCCAGCUCCCGUGGAAGCUUCCGUGGAGCCUGACUCACCCACGAAGGAGCUGGACUCCAUCUUGCAAGAUCUGAUGGGUCUGGGAGAAGGGGAUCCAGUGUCAUCACAAACCCCACCGCCACUCACACCUAAGCAGUCGCUGAUAAGGAGAACAGGAGGUGGGCAACAGGAGGAAGAGGAGAGCCGCCGCUCAGCAAGUUCAGAGGCAAAGGACUUGACCACGAGCACGAAAACAAAUACUAUAGACGACCUGCUCGGAGGGCUGAGCUCUGACUUGGAGAAGAUAGGCGUACGCACCACAGCCAAGGGCCACUGUGCUUCCUGCAACAAAUGCGUUGUGGGAAAGAUGAUCACAGCACUGGGUGAAGUGUGGCACCCUGAACACUUUGUGUGUGUGGUUUGCAAGACGGAGCUGAGCACCACGGCCUUCUUUGAGAGAGAGGGGCGGCCAUACUGUGACAGAGACUACCAUCAGCUCUUUUCCCCUCGUUGUGCUUAUUGCAAGGGGCCCAUUGUUCAGAACGUCCUGACAGCCCUGGACCAGACCUGGCACCCCGAGCACUUCUUCUGUAUGCACUGUGGAGGCCUGUUUGGCCCUGAAGGUUACAGGUUUCCUAGAGAAGGAUGGAAAGCCAUACUGUUGCAAGGACUUCUACCACCUCUUUGCUCCAAAGUGCUCAGGCUGUGGGGAGUCGGUGAAGGAGAACUACCUGACUGCAGCCAAUGGCACCUGGCAUCCAGAGUGCUUCGUCUGCGCAGACUGUCUGAAGCCUUUCAACGGCGGCUGUUUCAUGGAGUUGGACGGUCGACCCCUCUGCUCGCUGCACUUCCAUUCCAGGCAGGGAACUCUGUGCGGCGGCUGCGGUGAGCCCAUCACAGGCCGUUGCAUCUCUGCUCUCGAUCGCAAGUUUCACCCCGAGCACUUUCUGUGUGCCUUCUGUCUGCGGCAGCUCAGCCAAGGCAUCUUCAAGGAGCAGGGAGGGAAGCCGUACUGCUCGGCCUGCUUCAAUAAACUCUUUGUGUGAGGCACGCAGGACCGAACACACAAAUCAUGCAAAGGAAAUAAACUGCAUCCCUGCUAUUGUUGAGGUUUUUUAAAUUACUUAUUGUAUAAAUGAAAAAUCAGAAUUAGGCGAUUAUACAAAUCUUACACACAUUACAGGUCUGUAUUUGCAUUGGUACAGAUGAACAAUAAACGUUUCACUUUGUCAGUACUUCAGGGCCGACUGAGAUACAUGACAUUUCAAGUGAUUUUGGAUGCUAACAUGAUGAAUUACAUGGAUACGUUACCAGUGGAUGUAUAAAAACAUCAAGGGAAAAUGCUAACAUUGUAACAUAAUUAAUGACAUGGUUUUAAAACACAGGGAAAAUACCCAUUUCCUAUGAUAAAAAAAAUAUUGAGGUAACAUUUUACAUAUGCGAAUUUUGGAUGGCUCUAAAAGAUGUUGCUGACACUUGGUCUGAAUUUUAUGGGAUUUCAUACAUCACGAUCACAUAAGAUUUAUAAACGGAGAAAGAAAAGAGUAGAGGUUCAGGUUUAAUCUGUGGUUUCCAUUAAGCGAUCCCCAGUUUGCCAUGAGACUUGGCAGAGCCGAGAUACUCUGGCAGUACAGCUCAGUUCUUCAAGGGGCUUGUCUAUUUGGCCCGAUAGCUUGUAUUGGCAUGGAACCGGGCUGGCAUGGAAUCAACUUGCCAGCCCCGAGUCUCCUCUUACUCUGACUGACCGUUUGGCCCCUCAGCACGCACAACCUCCUCAGACUCCACACAAACUCCCUCAUAGCAGCCGAUGGAGGAUUAUUAAUGAAGGUGCUGAGGUGAACAAAGGUGGUUUCAGAAGUGCAGAGUUCCUGUACAUCAGAGCAUCUCUUACUUUGUCUGUCAAGACAUGGAUCAACCACAAACUGCUUUAAUGGUUUAGAGAAUAAAUAUAUUUGGUGAUAAUGACAUUUGUGAGUGUUACCUUACUAUUUUUUCCCCCAUUCCAAAUAUUAGUUUGGAUAUGUUAGGAUGAGAUACUUCCAUCAAAGUAAGGACGCAGGUCCGUGUGAGGAAAUGGUUCAUCUGUGUAAAAGUCAGUUUUGUUGUCAGUUCUGCAGAAUCAAAUCGUAGCAAAACUGAUGUUUUACACUG